CUCCCCCUUUUACAACCACUGCCUAUAGAGGCUCUGCCCCAGUCCUUCCAACCUCUGCCCCUGAGGCACCUUUUGGGACUUUGGAGUUGGACACCAUGGGAACCCCAAAUGAUCAGGCCGUAUUGCAAGCUAUCUUCAACCCCAGCACCCCAUUUGGAGAUGUCCUUGGGGUGGACCUGGGAGAAGAAGCAGAGCAGGAUGAAGAUGAGGAUGCAGUUUUCCCUCAAGCACAACUGGAGCAGUCCAAGGCCCUGGAGCUGCAGGGGGUGAUGGCAGCAGAGGCUGGGGACCUCAGCUCAGCCCUGGAAAGGUUUGGCCAAGCCAUCUGCCUGCUUCCGGAGAGAGCUUCAGCCUACAACAACAGGGCCCAGGCCCGGCGGCUCCAGGGGGAUGUGGCAGACUGUGAAGCUCCUGAAACCAUGCCUAUGGGAAACCCAACAAAAGUGUCGCACUCUAGAUCAGAUGAUGAAGGAAAUAAUCAGAGGAACACUGCAGACAGUAACCUCAAGGAACAUGAAUUUCCCUUCGAGAAAUUUGCAAGAAGAGCUGUAAAGGGCAAGAAAAUUGUUGCAGCCAGUUCCAUAUUUGGGACCCGAAGUAAUUCUGACAAAACAGAUAUUCCUGAAUGUAAAAGAGAAAAAAGAAAAAAAAAGCCCACUGUGUCCCGUAGUCACAGCGCAGAACUGGGCGAUCAAGCGGGAAACACGGCUCUGGAGAAUCGCUUAACGGAACGCCAGGAGUCGACGGUCCCUCUCUCAGAUCAAAAAGUCGGGUGGGAGAGGGUGGUGGCAGAGCUCCCCAGAAAAGAAAAAGAAGGUAGGGAGUCCUUACAGUAUGUGUGGAUUCGACCAGCAGCAUAUCUAGAUUUAGGGCGCCCCAGAAGCCCAACGAAGUGGCCUUGUGUCCUGUCUCCCCAGCGAACAGCUUCUCUGAUCUGCUGCCUUCUAACUAUGCGGCUCGCGCGGCGCCAGCUGGUGCUGCUCAACCCGUACGCCGCGCUGUGCAACCGCAUGCUGGCCGACAUGGUGGGGCAACUGCGCGGCCCCCACAAUGGGCGCUGAGCGCACAGGAGGGGGCCUGAACCAAUAAAGCUGCCUAGCUGACCGACUGCGCCUCCUUCGUCCUGUUGCGCGCCCACUCGCGGGAGCC